UAGGUUCUGAUGCACGACGGAAUGAAACUCAAGCGGUUCCUUCUCCGAUAUUAUCCUCCAGGUAUAAUCCUCGAAUAUGAGAGAGGAGGAUAUCUGAGGACCAAAUCAAUCGACCUUUUGGAUUUGACUCCAGAAUCAAACCCAGAUGAGCUGGUGGUAGAGAUCAGGCAAUCAGAGCCUCUGAUCACAGAGUCCCGGGCUGAUCAGGUCAAACAGCUGAUCCUUCGACUUCAGCAGAAACAGGGCCAGCAGGACCACCACAGGUUCUGUUUCUUCAAGGAGCUUAAGGCACACAUACUGCCACUGACAAAUGUUGCUUUUGACAAAUCAGGGUCACGAUUUUUAACUGCGAGCUAUGACAGGACAUGUAGAGUUUGGGACACGGCCUCAGGCACAGAGCUGCACACACUCGAGGGUCACAGAAACGUGGUGUAUGCAAUUGCAUUCAACAACCCCUAUGGAGACAAGAUUGCCACGGGCUCUUUUGAUAAAACCUGCAAAUUGUGGUGUGCUGAGACGGGCAAAUGUUUUCACACCUUUCAUGGACACGUGGCAGAGAUAGUGUGCCUGGCGUUCAACCCCCAGAGUACACUGGUGGCCACAGGCAGCAUGGACGCCACCGCCAAGCUGUGGGAUGUGGAGACUGGAGCAGAGGUGGCCGCUCUGACUGAUCACACUGCAGAGGUUCUCUCUCUGUGCUUUAACAGGAUGGGAAAUCAACUUGUCACUGGCUCAUUUGACCACACAGUUGCUAUAUGGGAUGUUGCGUCGGGAAGACGUGUCCACACUCUGAUAGGUCACCGGGGGGAAAUCAGCAAUGUUCAGUUUAACUGGGACUGUUCCCUCAUAGUUUCAGGCUCCAUGGACAAAACCUGCAAGUUGUGGGAGGCAGUCAGUGGCACGUGUGUGGCCACCCUAGGUGGACACAAGGAAGAGGUGCUGGAUGUGUGUUUUGAUUUAAGUGGUCAGCUCAUUGCUACUGCCUCUGCUGAUGGUACAGCACGAGUGUUCAGUGCAACCACACAUCAAUGUCUCUUGACCCUAGAGGGCCAUGAUGGAGAGAUCUCCAAGAUCUGUUUCAGCCCCCAGGGCAGCAGGGUCCUGACUGCCAGCUCAGACAAGACAGCUCGUCUGUGGGACGCUCAGUCUGGAGUCUGCCUACAAGUACUGGAGGGGCACACCGAUGAGAUCUUCUCCUGCGUCUUCAACUACGAGGGUGACACCAUCAUUACAGGCAGCAAGGAUAACACAUGCCGGAUCUGGUACUGACCCUUCCCUUGACCCAUCAGAGGCUCAGGCAGGCAUAUACAUGAACGCAACAAUUAAUUUGUGUACCAUGUACUGCAUGACCCACAGUGUAUCUUCCUAAUUGUGGGUUACCAACUGAAACCUCUGCAGUCAUGCUGAGUUACAGUAAAAGUCUGGUUUAUAGCAUCUAUGUGAGGUUAAAGUGGUAUUGCUAAUCAUUGUUGCUUGAUUACAUAAUUUGUCUCUCUAAUAUUCCUCCUAUUACAGAUUGUUUGAUGCUUCACUGGUCCCCUGAUUGUACUAACUUCAUACUGCACGUGACCAUUAGACUU